AAGGGAAACCAAGUAACUGGCAGAAGAGGAAAUGCUCAACGGCUAGUGGAUCCACUGCUUUGAAAUCACCGAGUCCGGCAGCAACAAUACGGCUGAUAUGACAACAAAGGAUUACCACCAUCUCUUCAAGCUGCUCAUCAUCGGGGACUCCAAUGUCGGGAAAAGCAGUUUGCUACUCCGGUUUGCUGAUAACUCAUUUUCAGGGAGUUACAUCACGACGAUUGGUGUCGACUUUAAGAUCCGCACAGUGGACGUUAAUGGUGAGAAGGUCAAGAUACAGAUCUGGGACACAGCUGGACAGGAGCGAUUCAGGACCAUCACUUCCACGUAUUACAGGAACACUCAUGGUGUCAUCAUUGUCUAUGAUGUGACGAAUCAGGAGUCUUUCAUCAAUGUGAAGAGGUGGUUAGAUGAAAUCUCCCAAUAUUGUGACAAUGUCUGUACGAUCCUUGUGGGCAACAAGAAUGAUGAUCCCUCCAAGAAGGAGGUCCACUCCCAAGAAGCUCAGCACUUCGGAGAGACUGUGGGAGUCAGAGUCUUUGAGACGAGUGCCAAGGAAAACGUCAACGUGGAGGAGAUGUUCAUGUCAUUCAUUCACAUGGUCCUGCAUGCGAAAAAACAGAAGCGACGGCACACGAAGAGAGAGAGAGAGCAAGGGAAAGACGCAGUCCGCAUCAAUUCACACCAGGAGGGAGAGAGACGGAUGAAAGGGAAAACGCACUGCUAGCACCUUAGGGAGAUUCCGCCUGUGUCCGGUGUGACCGUGAAAUAGGGUUUGUUGAUGUCACUAUAUCAUCUCAUACACCCUAAUACUCAUUUUCUACUUCUUUUAUUCAUUUUUGUUAAUAAUGGAGAUUUGUAUAGUUUGGAAAAUUCUAGUUGGACAAUUACUUAAAUAUUCUAGAAAUGUUACUAACUUCGUGUUUUACUACAAAUUGCAAACGUUUUGUUUUAAAUAGACUCACUGUAAUUAACACAAAUAAAGAAAUUAUCUAAACAUC